CUUCCAAGCGAACAGGUGAAAAUAAUGAAGCUCUGCGAACUUUUCAGCUGCUGUCUACCGGUCCGAAAGAAGAAGCAAAGGAAUGAGAGGGUUGACACCAGCAACAAGAAGAAAAGAAAGGAGGCUAAACGCCUCAAGAAGGAGAUGGCAGACAGGAGAAAGGAGGCCCUUGAGAUGGACAUCUCCAUGGUGCAGAGUGUGGAGACUGUACUAGUGUCUCUGGAUGAGGGGAAGGAGAGAGUGGAGGAUAAAAAUGCAGUGAUGGCUAUCCACCAUGCUGACAUCCACCAUCCUGAUCCAGAGCUCAGCAAAGAGGACUGCAUCCCAAAUGAGUCAUCUGUUGACCAAGGGACACCUCAACUGGGUGAGGGGGGCGGAAGGAGUCCAUCUCCGCUGCAUAUUGAUGGAGAUGGUGAUCAGGGGUUCAGCAAAGAGGACUGCACCCUGAUCGAAUCAUCUAUUGACCACGGGACACCUCAGCUGGACGAGGGGGGCGGUAGUAGCCCAUCUCCGCUGCAUGUUGAUGGAGAUGGUGAUCAAGAGUUCAGCAAAGAGGACUGCACCCUGAAUGAGUCAUCUGUUGACCACGGGACACCUCAGCUGGACGAGGGGGGCGGUAGUAGCCCAUCUCCACUGCAUAUUGAUGGAGAUGGUGAUCGAGAGUUCAGCAAAGAGGACUCAUCUGUUGACUAUGGGACACCUCAGCUGUAUGAGGAGGCCGGUAAGAGCUCAUCCCCACUGCAUGGUGGUGGAGACGGAGUGAGACCUGUGCCUCGUCUGAAACUGGACUGGCACAAAUACCAGCUUACAGUUGGGAAGCCCACAUCACAGGCUGGUGCAUGGCGCACGGCUGACACCCCUGAGAAGAGAGACGUGAUGGAGGAAGAGAGGAGGACAAUCCUGAGUGGGUUUUUUGAGAGGAGGGGCAAUACUACCCAGAAUGCAACCACACAGGCCACAUUGACCACUGAGGAAGAGAAGCCCACACCACAGUCUGCUGUGUGGCACACUAAAAUCCCUGAAGAGAGAGACGAAGAGAAGAGGAAAAUUCUGCACGGAUUUGUAAAGAGAAGGGGCCUUACUGCAUGUAGGCCAAGGAGGGAAUUCAAUACACAAUUAAAUCGAUAGAUAGCCUAGAUAACAUUUGUAUUAAUUGAUAAUAAAUGUCUUUCAUUUUAA